AUGCUUGUCCCUAACAAACAGUUGAGUCUUGGUCGCUCCCACAGCUGGGACACUUUAGGUGGGAAUGAGGUUCAGUGGGAGAGGGCUGAGGGCGUCCACGAGCAGCAGGCAAGAGUAGCGGGCCGGCGGAACUCUCUGUCCUACGGGGACGGAGGAGGGUGGUACGAGCCUCCACCAGGGGUGCGUCCCCCUGACCUGGAUUUGAAACGCGAUUUGUAUUCCUAUCCAGACUCUCAUUACGGGCAACUUUACGCAGAGCGACAGGACCCACGAGGGAUGAGGAAGGGCUCUGUGCCGGAUCUAAACCACUACGAACGGGCAACCAUGGCUCACAGAGGAUCCAUUCCACAUCAGGAUUACUAUUCCCAUGACCCAGCAAUGACUCCUCGAACAGCGGAGGGCUUUUACCGACCAGAACACCAGCCUCAGCAGCCUCAGCCUCAUACACUCAGUAGGUCAAGCUCUCAUUUUGGGAUGGCUCCUGGGGCUCGUGCUGCAUGGGAUCAGAGUCAGGGAGGGAGAGCGGGAGCUCAAGCCCCUUCAUCCCCUCUACCGCCACCUCCCCCGACUGCUCAAGAGUUGAGUCGAGCUUACAGAGAAGGUGCUGUAACUGCUGCCAAGAUGAUGCCAGAUGGCCAACAGCGUGUACCCUCCCGAGCCCCAUCUCCUGCUCACUAUGGUAUGGAACACAUGUCUCCCCGGUAUGCUAGUGAGCCUCCACCUCUGACUGGUCAGUCAGUUUAUACUGAUGUUAAUGGGCGCCCGUUGGAUGCACAGCAGCAGGCUGCUACCUGUCUUGUAGUAGAUCCUGCCAGUCAAGGUAUGAUUAUGAGGCAAGAGACGGCCUCACCCUACACCGUUCAGCAACAGCAGCAAUUACAACAGCAACAACAAAUACAGCAGCAACAAUUACAGCAGCAGCAACAGCAACAACUUCAACAGCAACAAAUCCAACAACAGCAAUUACAGCAACAGCAACUUCAGCAGCAACAGAUACAGCAGCAACAGUUACAGCAGCAGCAGCUUCAGCAGCAGCAGUUACAGCAAGAACAGCUGCAGCAGCAAUUGCAACAACAGGCCCUGCCACCUCAACCUACCAUGCCUGUCACGGACCCUACCCUUUCUAUGGUGGGCCCCCUUCCUGCUGCCACUGUCCCAUUGCAUACUGCUGUAGUUGCCACAGCUGCACCUGUUCCUAUCGAGACUGUCCCGGCUUUAGCUCCUCAUCAUCCUGCCUCUCCACUACCUGCUCUUCCUCCCACUGCCCCACAGACGCUUUUGUCUGUGGUUUCCAAGAAAUCUGUUGAUCCUGAGUUCCUCGCCCUGCUGCGAAAUGAGGGUCUCUCUGAGAGCACCAUCUCCUCUCUUAUUCAUCAGGGAUUUGACUCUACUAGCAUGCUUGCUGUCAUGGAGGAGAAUGAUGUCCGCACUGUCGCCCCCAACUUAGGUCAGGCUCGGGUACUGUCUCGCGUGGUCCAAAACUGCAAGCGGCCCACUGAGGCUCCACCACCGCCCUCUCAACCUCAGACACCCAUGCGAGGCCGCUCUAACAGCUUUAGCCAUCGCUCAGACAUCUACCACCAUCAGCAGCAGCAGCAGCAGCAGCAGCACCACCAUCCAACGCACCCUUCACAGGCUUUGAAUGUGGACACACACCUGAUGGGCCCACAAACUCCGGGGGCCAUGCACACUAUCUCCCCAAGAAUGGGAGAAGUAAUUGGUAGGAGGCCCAGUAGUGCCCCAUCCCAGCAGCUCCUGGAAGCCUCUGGAGGCUACCCGGGUCAACCACCUCGCUCGCCAGGGUCAUAUACUGGAGCCUUGAUGCCUGUUCAGUCAAGACCCAUGUCAGCCUACUCCUCUGGGGGGUCAAUGCAUGGGAUGCAUGGGAUGCCUGUGCAGAGUAUGCAGAUGAUGCCACAGCAUAUGACCGGGUCUAUGCCUACCAUGCCCGGGUCUAUUCACUCCAUGCAUGGUAUGCCACAACAGAUGCCUGUGUCCAUGCCAGCUUUACCACAGCCACCACAACAGGCACCUAAAGCUUACUCCACCAACUACACAGUGCCCAUGGAGCUGAUGAAGAGGGACAGGAACGCACUGCCACUGUCACCCAUGCAUAGUCCUCAUCCUAGUCCUCAAAUGAUGCGUAAGGGUGGGGGAUCUGCAUCAGACAAUAUCCUUAUGUCUAUGGGAGCACCCACUCAAAGCCAAGGUGCCAUGGUUGCAAACCAGAAGCUAAGUCGACGCACAGGUCCACCUGUCAUCGUGUCCACUAUGCAGUCUCCAGAUACAAGUAUUCGGCCCCAGAUUAUGAAUGGACCUAUGCACCCACGCCCCCUGGUGGCGCUGCUGGAUGGGCGCGACUGCACCGUGGAGAUGCCCAUUCUCAAAGACCUGGCCACUGUGGCUUUCUGUGACGCCCAGUCCACACAGGAGAUUCACGAAAAGGUGCUGAACGAGGCAGUAGGAGCCAUGAUGUACCACACCAUCACCCUGACCAGAGAGGACCUGGAGAAGUUCAAGUCGCUGCGCAUCAUCAUCCGCAUCGGCAGCGGCUACGACAACAUCGACAUCAAGGCGGCCGGGGAGCUCGGCAUCGCAGUGUGUAACAUCCCCUCAGCGGCUGUAGAAGAAACCGCCGACUCGACACUUUGUCACAUCCUCAACCUGUAUCGACGGAAUACCUGGCUGUACCAGGCUCUCCGGGAGGGCACGCGGGUCCAGAGUGUGGAGCAGAUCCGGGAGGUGGCGUCGGGGGCGGCGAGGAUCCGAGGAGAGACGCUUGGCCUCAUCGGCUUCGGUCGCUCGGGCCAGGCGGUGGCGAUACGGGCCAAGGCGUUCGGCUUCAACAUCCUCUUCUACGACCCGUACCUGCAGGACGGCUUGGAGCGCUCCCUGGGCGUCCAGCGGGUCUACACGCUGCAGGACCUGCUCUACCAGAGCGACUGCGUGUCCCUGCACUGCAACCUGAACGAACACAACCACCACCUCAUCAACGACUUCACCAUCAAACAGAUGCGUCAAGGGGCUUUCCUGGUCAACUCGGCGCGGGGGGGUCUGGUGGAUGAGAAAGCUCUGGCUCAGGCCCUGAAGGAGGGACGGAUACGGGGAGCCGCCUUGGACGUCCACGAGUCGGAGCCGUUCAGUUUUUCCCAGGGUGCCCUGAAGGACGCCCCCAACCUGAUCUGCACCCCCCACACUGCCUGGUACAGCGAGCAGGCGUCACUGGAGAUGAGGGAGUCCGCUGCCACAGAGAUCCGCAGAGCCAUCACCGGCCGCAUCCCCGACAGCCUCCGGAACUGCGUCAACAAAGAGUUCUUCAUCACCUCGGCGCCCUGGGGCAUGAUGGAGCAGCAGCUGACUCAAGUGCACCCUGAGAUCAAUGGCGCCGCCUACAGAUUCCCUCCUGGCGUGGUGGGCGUCGCCCCCGGUGGGAUUCCUGGACCUAUGGAGGGGUUGAUGCCCGGGGGUGUCCCCAUCACCCACACCCUGCCCCCUGGUACCCACCCGUCACAAACCACCUCCCCCAACCAACCCUCCAAACAUGGCGACCCCAUGAGAGAGCACAUGACUGAGCCGUAGGACUGCUGCUGCUGCUGCUGCAGGCGAGCGAGAGGGGGGGGCAAAUCAAAAUAUAAGAAAAAAAUAAACCACGUACAUUUAAAAAGCAACUCCACCAUCCGACCGUUUUGCUCGAGUCCAUCUGAAGCAGAGCCACCGCCUGCAGGUCUCACUCUCUCUCUUCUUUUUGUAUGAAGCCACUAAGCCCGUGUGAGGAGGACAGCUGGACGUUCAGACACAAACGAGCUGCAGCACUGACACGGGACUGAC